AUGCUUCACUGCCUGCACAAGUACGGCCUGCUGGUGGUGAAGAAUGUCCCCUGCAAGAACUCCCCCCCGGCUUCGGCGGCCUUCGACCCGGUGGACCAGUCGCGCUUGGUGUCCGAGCGCGUGGCCCCGCUGAUGGAGACCUUCUACGGGCUCCUGUGGGAUGUUGUUUCGCUGCCGGAUGCCGAGAAUGUGGCCUACACCAAUGUUCGCCUGGACCUGCACCAAGACCUGCUGUACUUCGAAUCGCCGCCGGGCAUCCAGCUGCUGCAUUGCCAGCUGAACACCGUGGCCGGGGGGGAGGCCCUCUUCUCGGACUCCUUCGCUCAGGCCCGGCACUUCCGCCGGGAGUAUCCCGACCAUUAUGAGACGCUUCUCCGGACGCCGGUGGCCUUCCACUACCGGCGCCUGGGCCGGCGCCGCCGCUUUGUCCGCACAACCUUCGAGCAUGAUGGCCUGAAUGAGAUUGAGCGGGUCAACUACUCGCCGCCCUUCAUGGCCCCGGUGGAGGGGCUGACCUUCGACGAGGUUCAGCGCUUCUACGAGGCCUUCGCCCUCUGGGAGCAGACCGUGUCUGACGCGCGCUGGCACCAUACCCGGCGCUAUGCCAAGGGGGACCUGAUUGUCUUCGACAACCGUCGGGUUCUGCAUGCGCGCACCGCCUUCGAGUCGGCCACCGGUGAGCGGCACCUCCGCGGGUCGUACCUCCGACUGGACGACUGGCGCGCGGCCUGGCGCCAGCACUGUGGCGGCACGGCGGCCGGCGGCUCGGACGCCGAUGAUUGCCCUCGUAGCGACUGGGGCUGGGAGGAUCCCACCGCCGAGUCCGAGUGA